GCAGGCUUCUGAUAUCAAGCCCUGAGCUCGCCGCAAAAAAAGGUGAUUUCGUCAACUCCCCACAAAUACUUAGAGAAAUUGAAACUUACCAGUGAAAACUAUCUACAGAGCUGUGAUAGUCGUUACCUACGGGCCGAAACUCGGUAAACGUUUUAUCAGCUUUACCGACUGUCGGGUGACGUCUAAAACUGAGAGUGUUUGAAGUUUCCGUCUUGAAGGGAUACGACGUUAUUGGGUAUUGCGUAAGCUGAUCGGUCAGGCUGGACACUGAUCUUCUGUUGAGACGAGACGUCAGCACCAGCAUCGCACGGCCUUGAGGACUUCGGAGAAUCAUCGAAUAAACGGGUCGGCCGGCGUCGGACGGCGGCCUGAUGCCAUGAGAAGCUGCGAUGACGGCGAGGAAGGUGCACCUCUACUGGGCGGCAGUUCUGAUAUGUUCUGCACAGCUCCGAGCAGCCCCUGCCCCGGGAGGGAGGCCGACGACCGAGCCAGCUGAUCUAGCAUCAGCUCGCGCCUACUUCAGUGAUGGCUCGUCGCUCUGGGUCGGAAGGAGGCACAUGGCCAGAUCGUGGCGGGACAGGACACCGGCGGGGUAUAGGGACCGAGUGAGACAGCCGCCGAGACUGACACAGACACAGCCACCGGGACCUGCGCAGACACAGCCGUCAGUGCUGACACAAACACAGCCUUGGGAACUGACACAGACACAGAGGCUGGAGCUGACACAGCCUCCAAAACCGACACAGACACAGCCUCCCGAACUGACACACCGGACGUCGUUAGUGUCACAAGAAGGCGAGGAUCGUUCAGUGGCCGACGAACACUCGGUUGUGGAUGAUACGACUGAGAGUGAAAUAAAAGCAAAGGCAAAAGCAAUUGUGAGCGGUGUUCGAGUGGAUGAAAAUGAAUGGCGAGCCGGUUACGGUGCGAUGAAAACAUACCAUCAUAAUAAAGAACAUACUACGACGGAGCCUCAGCGACCGUCUGAGAGGGUCACUUAUCGUCCCCCGCCGAAACUGUCUUAUAUACAGCGACGGAGGCCGUUCGGGGCUGCGGCCACGAUUGGGGGAUUCGGGACAAGCACUGCUCGACUUACCCCAAAACCCAGUCAACCGACACUAUCAGCUAUUGGAAGUGCGGCAACAAUCGCGUCCCGACCCUUCACACUCGCAUCUGAGCCAACAGUGGUGACAGAUAAACGGCUAUUUCCUCCCAUGCAACAUUCAAUACAUGAUGCUGGAAACAGACACCCGGCAAUUGAAGUGAGGCCGCCGCAGCACAGUGAUUCGACGGACGCACAGCGACCACCAGGAGGGUCUCGAGAUCACCUACCAGUGGUAAAUGCUGCGGGACUGGUUCCGGGUAGUGUGAUCAACACAAAACUCAGCGGGGGUCUCACCGUACCGGAGAGCGGCCACCAGACCACGCACCAGCGCAGGACCACAGCUAGUCCGGACAAGAUAACCGAGAAUACGCCACCAAAGGGAGCAAGCACGUUCACAACUAGCAUCAUUCGAAGAAGGAAGCCCUAUACGAGACGUCCGGAGACACCAACAACUUCUACUCCAUCCGUUGAAGUUCUGAACUUAUACGAGGUCGGCGUGCUUCCCAACGUCAGCAAAUUCCUGAACCAGUCUCGGAAGAGCGGUGGUCUGUCCCAGGGAAGCCGUGGGCAGGCAGGGCACUGGCACAGCGGUAGCAGUGGAGGCACCAACAAGGUGACGUUUCCGCUUUACGUCCUGCCAGCCCUACCGGGUGCUCCACCGCCCCCAGACUGGCCCACUGUGCGACCCAGUACCGGUUGGUCCUGCUGCAAAGGUCACCCGGGACACGUCACCCCCGUGGACCCUCCUGACCGGCCUGUGUACCCCAGCGUGGGGUCAGGUCACCGACCGAUCCCACCGCCACUGCAGCCGCCUACAAUACCCACCAGACGUCCGCUGGUCCCACCAUCCACCUCUUACGGCCCACCGCCUCUCCCUCCAGUCCCAUCGCGACCCACCCCACCAACAAGGCGUCCGUGCGGCUCCGGACAGUGCGUGUACCGCCCCCCGCGGCCCCCGGCUGGAACCAUAUCUCCUCCGGCGCCACCGCCGACCGCUUCGAGUACCUCCCUCGGCAACGUGGGCGAUGACCUGGUCUGUGUGUACCUCCGUGCCAAUGGUUCGGCGCUGGUGCUGCGUGCAGACCUCGCCACGGGUCGGUACAACAUCAGUGAUGAACACAACCAUCCGCUCGGUGCGGCCGGGUGGUUGGGGUCUGACCAGACGCAGCUGCUCGACCGGCCGGCAUCCAGGAGUAAAUAUGAGAUUGUCUACAUUGAUAAUCUAGGCACUACUGUAAAACAGCUGAUGACGCGUCUACGUAACAGGUCACAGCGCUGGGAGGAGACACAUCGACCGAAAACCAGCAUUGUCUGCAUCGUACAGCGUCCGGAAUCAAAACCAGACGAAGGGUUCAAUUCAACAGUACCACCGAAACCCUCUGAGGAGCCCACAACGCCUAACAUCAGCUCCACGGCCUCCACACCAACCACAGCUACCGCCACCGCAUCCACCCCAACUCCUCGUCCCACCAUCCUUGGAUCGGUGGACACACUCUCAGCCACCAUCGCUUCAGCUGUGGACACCUUGGGUGCCACGGCUGAGGCACAACUGUCCAACACCAUGACGGCUGCUGACCAGACAGCCGUCGUCAUCGGCUCCAACGUCAAAAACUACAUCGGCAACAGCAUCCCCAACAUCGCACUGGCCACCACAGUUGGCAUUCCUGUCUUUGUGGCGAUGCUAGCACUGCUGGGCGCGCCUCCUCUCCUGCUAUCAGCUCUGUCGGUAUCGUCCCCGAUCUUACUUCAAAGUGUAGCUGCCCUCUAUAACAGCCUACCCAACUGAACGAGCGACGGUCUCUUGGGUCCCAAGAGGGGGAAGCUGAGCUGGUGGGCGUGGUAGACGUCCAGCAAAUGCACGUUUGUUUAAACAGGGUUAAAUCACGAGCUGUGGACAUUUCUUAAGGACGGGGGAGCUUGGCGUCCUGAGUGAGUCGAGUAUGUAGAGUAGGUAUAAAUAGUUGAGAUAUUGUUGCGGGGCGUCUUGAGGGCCAGACGACGAUAUUUGCUUUCUUGUGAUCGGUGCUGAAGUAACAGUGACGUGUGAAAUACAGUGAUGGAGGCAUUCCAGAAAUGCAUAUUGUUCAUGUGUAAAAUGGGUAGCAUGGGUAGCGAUGAUGCAAACAGACUACAUAUACAUGUAUGUAUGUAUGUACAUGUAUGUAUGUAUGUACAUGUAUGUAUGUAUGUACAUGUAUGUAUGUAUGUACAUGUAUGUAUGUGUACUGCGAGCAUCGCGCAGUUCGUAUUGGAGUGUGUGACGACGCAAGCGACGAUUUUUUUUGUAUUUUUGUAUUUUAGCUGACAAUUUACCUUUAACAAGUUCGUGAAUUCAUUUGCGGCACUUGUGUAAUGAAACGUGGAUAGCCACUGCUGCCUGUUUCGCACUGCGAAAUAUAUAACACACAUGUGAAUAAA